AUGGGGAACCAACUUUGCAAAGGACGAAAAUCUAGGUCGAAGAGAAGGCCAAUGAGUUUCAUUCAUCAUCAAGCUUCGCCCUCUCAUAUAGGGAUAAGAACUGUGGGUGCAGAUAAUGUUUGUAACUUCUUUUCCAAUUCAGAUCUUUGCAUAUCAAUAGUUACUUGGAAUAUGAAUGGUCAGGUUUCGUUUGAAGAUUUAGCAGAGAUGGUUGGUAGAAACCGCGAGUUCGAUCUUCUAGUUGUUGGAUUGCAAGAAGCUCCACGUCCACGAAACAAAGUUGCAACUCUUCUGAAAGCAGCUCUGAAUGAAAGUCACACCCUGAUAGGUAAAGUUAUCAUGCAAUCUUUGCAGUUGUACCUAUUUGGGCCGAGGAAUGCAGCAUCAUUCAUUAGAGAAUUGAAGGUGGAUAAACAAUCUGUUGGGGGCUGUGGAGGAAUAAUUGGAAGAAAGAAAGGGGCUGUAGCUAUCCGCAUUAACUACAGAGGCAUACAAAUGGUGUUCAUCUCCUGCCACCUCUCUGCUCAUGCUCGCAAUGUGGGGGAAAGAAAUUCUCAAUGCAGGCAUAUAUCACAUUCCAUCUUCUCUAAAAUCUGGAACCCAUAUGCUAGACCAGCCCACAUUACUAUUUGGUUAGGAGAUCUAAACUACAGGCUUCAGGGGAUUGAUACUUAUCCCGCUAGAAAUCUGAUAGAGAAAGACUUUCACAAGCGGCUUCUUGGAAAAGAUCAGCUCUUACAAGAAGCUGGACGAGGACAGAUUUUCAACGGGUUCUGUGAGGGAACAUUGACAUUCAAGCCAACAUAUAAGUAUAAUAAAGGAAGUAGCAACUAUGACACAAGUUACAAGGUGCGAGUACCAGCGUGGACAGAUCGCAUAUUGUUCAAGGUAGAAGAUGCAAAUAACAUAGAAGCAACCCUACAUUCGUACGAGUCGAUGGAUGAAAUAUAUGGUUCUGAUCAUAAACCAGUAAAGGCACAUCUCUGCUUAAGACUUCGUCAAAUUCCAACUAAAUCCAAUUGUAGUGGGCCCAUCUAA